AUGGCGGACCCACCGCGAUGGAAGCGCGACGACAUCGAACUGUGCGACAGCUUCGAGUACAUGGAGACGACGACGUUCGCGACGACCGGGGGGCAGGUCUGGGGCGCGGCGAGGCGCCUCCUCGACUACCUCGAGCGCACGCGAGACGCCACGGGCCUGGACCGACCGGGGGUGAACGUCCUCGAGCUCGGCAGCGGCACCGGCUUUCUCGGCAUGACGAUCGCGAGGAACGCGCGGCGCGACGUCGGCGUCGUCGCGCUCACGGAGAUGGAAGCCGGCGGCGCGUUGGAGUGGCUGAAGAAAUGCGUCGCGAAGAACGAAGGGAAAGGGCUCUGGCGCGACGGCGCGGUGACGUGCGCGGCGUGCGACUGGAACGAGUACGCGCGCGAGGACGAGGAGAGACGCGCGACCGGGACGGACGCGGCGCCCGGUCCCUCGGUGAUCGACUCGACGCCGUGGGAUCUCAUGAUCGGGAGCGAUCUCGUGUACGACGACGCGGGGACGCGCGCGCUCCCGAAGGUGAUGCGCGCGCUGCUCGUGCGCGCGAAGAGGGCGAGGGCGCGCGCGCGAGACGAAGUGACGGCUUCGGCCGCGGACGCUGACGCGGACGCGGACGCGGCGUCUCGGCGGCUCGCGCUCGAACCCGCGUUCAUAUACUGCCACACCCUCUGGCGGUACGAGCUGCGCGACGUCGACUUCUUCGCGCAGCUGACGGCGUGCGGCCUCGCGUUCGAGGAGGUCGCGGAGCCGGGGGCGCCGCCGCCGCCGGAGCCGCCCGAGCCGUUCGCCGAGCUGUUCCCGGAGCAACGCGCGGCGGUCUUUCGCGUCACGCUCGCGCCGCCGCGGGACGAGGACGCGCGCGUGCGCGGAGGCGUGGGCGCGUAG